AGAUUUGCCAAUUAUUUAAACAUUAUUUUAUUAAAUUGGAUUAAUGAAAUUUAUAAAGUAAAUCCUCGAAGUCCCUAUCGUCAAUAACUGACUUGCACCAAAAUCAAGUUGUGAACGAUAUUCCCCCGUAUAGGACACGAAUAACUAAAACAGGUUUCGGAGAACAGUUUUCGGUUCUUGUUUUUCAGUGGUGGAUUUUCCAGAGCGAUCAUCCAAUGUUUAUGGUGGUGUCGCGAAGUGAACAUCUCAUUCGAGCGUUGUAUUGGGUCAGAGGAUCAUGAUCGCGUUGUUGUUGUGUUGCGCUUUAAUCGGUGCGAUUGUCGCCCAAAGACCAGUGGUUUUAGAGUAUCAACCGAACCUAGGAAGCUUUGCUGGGUCUGGCAUUCAUUACAACCAUGUGGGCAAUAUAAUACCGCCUGGUCCUCCCUGGCCUAGCAGUCCUGAGGGGUACCAAAACUUCAGUUCAAAUCCUCAACAAAGACCGCAACAACCGCCAAAUUUAUCUGAUAGAUUCCCAGAAGUUACUACAAAUUCACCGGUUGAAACUGCUUCAAAUCCCAACCGUCCAACUUUUGUUGGACCUGGAGGAAUCAAUCACAACUUUGUGGGACAAAUUAUUCCACCUGGAAAACCUUGGCCGAGCAGUCCAGAGGGUUAUCAAAACUUCAGUUCUUUAAACCCUCAGCAAAGACCGCAACAACCACCAAAUCUAUCUGACAGAUUCCCAGAAGUUACCACAAAUUCACCUGUUGAAACUGCUUCAAAUCCCAACCGUCCAACUUUUGUUGGACCUGGGGGAAUCAAUCACAACUUCGUGGGACAAAUUAUUCCACCUGGAAAACCAUGGCCUAGUAGUCCAGAGGAUUAUCAAAACUUUAGUUCCUUAAAUCCCCAGCAAAUACCGCAACAAUCGCCAAAUCUGUCUGAUAGAUUCCCAGAAGUUACAACAAAUUCACCGGUUGGAACUGCUUCAAAUCCCAACCGUCCAACUUUUAUUGGACCUGGGGGAAUCAAUCAUAACUUCGUGGGACAAAUUAUUCCACCUGGAAAACCAUGGCCGAAUAGCCCAGAAGGUUAUCAAAAUUUCAGCUCGAUAAACCAAUCCCAAAGACCUAAUUUAAAAGACAUACAAAAUGACGACCAGUUUAUUGCCACUGCAGUUCUAACAACAACAGUCAAACCUACAAGAAUCCCAGCGGAACAGUCGACGGACUUGUUCAUUCCUUUGGUACACGAAAGCGAGGACAGUUCAACGACACAACUUCCAACAACUACUAUUCCUUCAAUUGACACAGAAAAUUUAUUCACAUCAGCUCCUGUCAAAUAUAAGGACAACGUGAUACCCUUAAAGCCUCCCAAUGUUAAUUUCCAAAGUCCUGACACUGUGCGGCCUCAGAGCACCAAUGAAAACUACAGACCUACAAACGGACCAGACCCUCCGAUCAAAAGCGAGAUCCCUCAAACCACGUACCGCGGAGAUUUAAACAAUUUGGACUUUUUCAAGCCGCAGUUCGCCUUACAUCCGACUUCUUUCAAAAAGCCACCUGGUAUAAACAUGGUCAAUGUUACGCAAAAGCCUACAAUUGUAACUACAGAAAAAAAUGCUGCUGUUACUGAAAAAUUAAUAAAGGAAACUCCUGUUGUUACAACUCAAAAACCAGUUCCAACGUGUGUGAAGGAAGUGGCUACAGAAACCGUUACUCAAAAUGCCAACAAAGUUCAAAAGCUUGAAAAUCAAAAAAAUACAUUUAAUUUAACAAGUUUGCUGCCUCUUGAUCCUGAAACUUUAAUAGAGUUGGAUUUAAGAGUACAGAAUAUUGAAUCUAAUACUUCGACGAAGAAACCUCAGGUUCCUGCAUUGACUCUGUUACCACCUUUUGUAAAACCUGUAAAUCAUGGUGGAAGAAGAAUGCAAACCAAUCGUAGGAUAUACGGGAAUACCAACUACCAGUUAAGAAGAGAACCGGAAGUUUACGUGCAGUUCAUAAGCUACCCGCAAAGGAAGAUGCGACAUGAAUAUAGGCAACAGUUUUUCUUUUAAAAUUUUAAGUUAUUUAAUUUUAUAAUAAAAAGUACGUGUUUCAAUUACUUAUUAUAAAA